UGGCGGCGGCCAUGGCGUGAGCGGCGGCGGGGGGACCCAGCGCCGGGCCGGGCGGCGAGCGCAGCCGCCGCCUCCUCCCGACCCCCCGGCGCGGGCCCUGUGUCCUUGCCCGGCCAGGAGGCCGCCGCGGCCCCCGGUUCCCCCGUGUCCCCUCACCCUCGCGGGAGAGCAGCCAGCGGCCCCGCUCCCCUCGGCAGGCGGGACCGCAGCUUCCCAGAGGCUUCCCCUGGAGCUUCCCUGUUACCAGGCAGGGCGAAGAUGAAGUAGAACUCUGACCAUGGACCAUGAUGCCCCCACGAUCAGGCCACGCCGCAUCCAGAACCAGAACGUCAUCCACCGCCUGGAGCGCCGCCGGAUCAGCUCGGGAAAAGCCGGCACCCACUGGCACCAGGUCCGCGUCUUCCACCAGAACGUCUUCCCCAACUUCACCGUGGUCAACGUGGAGAAGCCGCCCUGCUUCUUGCGCAAGUUCUCCCCCGACGGCCGCUACUUCAUCGCCUUCUCCUCGGACCAGACCUCUCUGGAGAUCUACGAGUACCAAGGCUGCCAGGCGGCCGAAGACCUCCUGCAGGGCUACGAGGGGGAGAUCCUGGCCAACGGCAACGACCAAAGGUCUGUCAACAUCCGGGGGCGGCUCUUCGAGCGCUUCUUCGUCCUGCUCCACAUCACCAACGUGGCCUCCAACGGCGAGCACCUGAACCGGGAGUGCAGCCUCUUCACCGACGACUGCCGCUACGUGAUCGUGGGCUCGGCCGCCUACCUGCCCGAGGAGCCCCACCCGCCCUUCUUCGAGGUCUAUCGCAACAGCGAGUCCGUCACCCCCAACCCCCGCUCCCCCUUGGAGGAUUAUUCCUUGCACAUCAUCGACCUCCACACCGGCAGGCUCUGCGACACCCGGACCUUCAAAUGCGACAAGGUCAUCCUGUCGCACAACCAGGGGCUGUACCUCUACAAGAACAUCUUGGCCAUCCUCUCGGUGCAGCAACAGACCAUUCACGUCUUUCAGGUCACGCCCGAGGGCACCUUCAUCGACGUGCGGACCAUCGGGCGCUUCUGCUACGAGGACGACCUGCUGACCCUGUCUGCCGUGUAUCCCGAGGUGCAGCGGGACACUCAGACGGGGAUGGCCAACCCCUACAAGGAGCCCUUCAUCAACUCCUUGAAGCACAGGCUGCUGGUGUACCUGUGGAGAAGGGCCGAGCAGGACGGAAGCGCUAUAGCCAAACGCAGGUUCUUCCAGUACUUUGACCAGCUGAGGCAGCUCCGCAUGUGGAAGAUGCAGCUCUUGGAUGAGAACCAUCUCUUCAUCAAGUACACCAGUGAAGACGUGGUCACGCUGCGGGUGACAGACCCUUCCCAGCCUUCCUUCUUCGUUGUGUACAACAUGGUGACCACAGAAGUUAUUGCUGUAUUUGAGAAUACGUCUGAUGAGCUGCUGGAGCUGUUUGAGAACUUCUGUGACCUCUUCAGGAAUGCCACCCUGCACAGUGAGGCAGUUCAGUUCCCCUGCUCAGCUUCCAGCAACAACUUUGCCAGGCAGAUCCAGCGCCGGUUCAAAGACACUAUCGUGAAUGCCAAGUAUGGAGGGCACACGGAGGCCGUGCGGAGGCUGCUGGGGCAGCUCCCCAUCAGUGCCCAGUCGUACAGUGGCAGCCCCUACCUUGACCUCUCCCUUUUCAGCUAUGAUGACAAGUGGGUGUCAGUCAUGGAACGGCCCAAGACCUGCGGUGAUCACCCUAUAAGAUUUUACGCUCGUGAUUCUGGCCUCCUGAAGUUUGAGAUCCAGGCGGGACUCCUGGGGCGACCCAUCAAUCACACGGUGCGGCGCCUGGUCGCGUUCACCUUCCACCCCUUCGAGCCCUUUGCCAUCUCGGUGCAGCGCACCAACGCCGAGUACGUGGUGAACUUCCACAUGAGGCACAGCUGCACGUAGUCCCACAUGGGGCUGGGGUGGCUGCGCUCCUCGGGUCUGGGCCUCUGCCACAGAUGCACCAAAGCCAGAUACUUGUGGGUCCUAGGAAACCAAACUCAUGUCAAGAAACCUGGGAGCUCCUACCAGCCAGCACCUUGCAGUGCCCUCAGCUGUGGAAAGCCCGUCCGCUCAAGUGAGGUGUAGAAAUGUUUCUUCUGACCCUGUUUGUACUGCAUGGGUCCUGCUGCAUUAAGCACUGCUGUUGUUCCCUCUUCCUGUUGAUGAACAAAGUGUAGCUGAGGUUUCUUGCCCGGUUUCCCAGAGGCAUGUCACUUUUCUCUCCCAAUGUAGGUCUUACGAUGGCAAAGAUGGAGCUUUGCAACGUGUUUGUGGAGUGCUCCCUUCUGUACUGGUGCUCUCCUACCUUGCUGAGACAAACAGCUUGUUGUGGAGUGUUGGGAUGGGAGCCACGGGGAGGGAUUAGAAAUACAGCUACCCAUGUUUGCAUCUUCAGAAUGACUAGGGAAAUGGAAUCCUGUUCUCAUCGCAAAAUCUACUCAUGAUUUUAAUAUGCAAGAGGUCAGGAAAAAAAAGGUGUGAGAAAUGGCUGCAGUUGAGAGACAUGAGGUGUGUUCCUGACUUUUAUGCAAGUCACUUAAUCUUUGUGCCUUAGUACCUGUAAAAGCUCCUAGGUGAAAGGUGGUGUGUCAAUACCAGAAAGCCAGGGCAGCUGGUUGUGUCUCUAAUGCACGAGGAGGUGGGCACAGAAGGAAAAUGGGCGGCUGGGAGGGGUGUGGAGAGCUACAACAGCUCCUUGGUCACAUUGGAAGGACUUUUUCUGCAGCAUGGGAGUGAAUCCUCUCGGCCAUCUGCAGGUUUUGCUACUGAGGGGAAGGGAGACCCAGCUGCUGGCACCCUCCUGCCUGUUGCAGUACAAUGCUAGGAAUUAGUAGCAUUUAGGAUUGCCCAGAAUAGGUGGGAGGAGACCUGAAUUACUGUGCAUUGCUGCAGGUUUGCAGUUAGGAGAGGACCUUGUCUUAGGUUGUUUACCUAUCCCUUUUUGAUGUGCUGUUCUCUGUGAGAACCCCAUUUGCUGUUCCCAGGCUUCAAAGCACAGCUUGUGGGUGUGUCCAUGCUGACUGGGCCACUGCCCUGUUUCUGCUGCUGAUAAAAUAAGCUCCUGGGUGUUAUUACCUGCCACUGUGAGCUGGUGAGGAUGCUGGCCUACCCUCUUCUCUGGAAAAUGGAGUUUUUUGUUGUAGGGCAGCAUAUUUCUGCACACAGGCUGGUUUAUGACUGUGCUGCCAGGUAGUGCCACCAUCCCAGGAUCACGAGGUGCUCCGUCGGAAGCUGGAGCCUGCUCUUGGCCCAUUCCCAUGGGAGCUACUGAGAGGGCAGUAGAAAACUGGUGCUUAUACAUGGGAGACCCUGUACUUGAAAGGACCCUGGGGGUGUCUUGUUUGGGACAAAAUGAGCUAUGGGUGAUGUGUUGUGGCCACAUGCCUGUGAAGAACAGUGUUGAAGUUGUGCAUUCAUUUUGCAUGGUAACGCACAGGAUAGUGGGUUGCUGGUGCCUGCUUAGAGCAUGAAUAGUGGACCUUCUAAUGGAGGGUGCCCUGGGGUCCUUGAAUCAGCCUUUACUCUCUGUCUCAUGGCACUUAUCUCCUGGCCUUGCUAAUCGUGUUUCAAGGGUAAGACAUUGUAUUUCACUGCUCUUUGCCUGGUGUUUGCACUGUUGGUUUCUCAGGUCUGUCAGUAGCGACUUCAGGUCAGAAGACUGCUAAUAGAAGAAGUGUCAGGCCAUGUGUGCUUUAGCUCCAGGUUCCUCUCCAUCUGAUAACACUAUUUGUCAAGGUUUUAGGUUUUUAACCUGUGACCAGUUUCUCAAAUAUUCAAUUAAAGCUCCAAGUGGAGCAUCAUUUGCACAUUGCAGACCAUGGAUUUACCUCCUUCUGCACCAUUCUCACAUUUGUUCCCAUUUCCAGUGUGAGACUUCUUGGUUUUUUUCUUUUCCAAAGUUCUCAGCAGCUCUAUCCAAGACUCAGUUUACUCCUUGGCAUCACAGCCUUGGGAAGUCAGGGCAAACCACAUUGAUAUUUCUGCAGUCUGGGCUUUUGCCAAAUUCAGGCUGUCCUGUGAGAAGCAGAGAGCAUGGCAUGAAUUGUUGGAUGUGGGGCUGAGAGACCAGAGAUCUGUUCUUAGCUCUGCUAUUAAAUUGUUCUGUGACUGGGAGCAAAUCUCCUCCUGUUCCAGCUGGUGUUUUCUUCUCCGUAAAUGAGGCCAAAAACAUAUUUUCAGCUUUUGUAAAACACUUUGAGAUUCAUGGAUAAAAAAAAUGCUGGAUAAGUGCUAAGUAUUUUCUUAUUGUGUUUGCAGACAAACUGAUUAAUCAUUCUGGGUACUAAUUGCCUUGGAGUAGCGUAGCAGAUCCUCUGGUCUUGGCUGCUGCAUUUUAUAUCUACAACAGAGUUAAUUUUAUUACAGAAAUGUAUUGAAGGAAAAGUCUCUCAUGCUUGAAAUUUUGUUUCUUUUAUUUAAGAAACUGAAAGUGUGUGUGUGUGUG